AUGUUUGCAACCCUCGUUCUAGGGCAGACAGAUCUACAGGCAAUAUUCCUUCUCUCGACGGUCGCUGUGAUCGUCUGCGCCGUGUCAAAUUCUCUCCCCUUGAUUAUCGUCUUUCGCCUGAUCGAGGCACUGGGCUGUUCCUCUGCGCAAAGUGUAGGAGCAGGUGUCAUUAGCGAUAUCUACGUUUCCACUGAAAGGGGCUCCGCGUUAGGCUGGUUCUACCUUGGCACGUUGAUCGGACCUUUGAUUGCUCCAAAUAUUGGAGGCGCCCUUCAAGUUUGGCUUGGAUGGCGAUCACCGCUAUACUUCAUGGCUAUCUUCACAUUCAGCACUGCAGGCCUCACGAUGCUAUGCCUUCCCGAGACGUUGGUCAAGUCGUCCACCGACGACCAUGAGGAAAAGCUGCGGUGGCACCAAACAGCAAAGCGCGACGUCCUGGCGCCUUUGCCAAAGCUGAAAUUCCUCUUGAUGCCAUCAAUCGCUUUAACAAUCAACUACGUGAGCAUCUGUUUUGCCAGUCUCUACUGUUUCAACACGACUCUUCCUUAUGCAUACGCGGCGCUGCCCUACAAUUUCUCUGCCAUCGAGAUCGGGCUCUGCUAUAUCAGCAAUUUUCUGGGAUAUGCGAUUGGAAGCGUCGUGGGUGGGAAAUUGAGCGACGCCAAACUGCGACAAUACCAGCUGACGUAUGAUGGAGAGAUUCGCCCAGUUGAAAGAAUCAAGACCGUCUGGUACGGUGUUGGCUUUGUCCCAGCCGGGUUGAUCAUCUACGGCUGGCUGGUUGAAAAACAAGUGUUCUGGGUCGCUCCUUUGGUUGGCGCCUUCUUGUUUGGACUAGGCCUCAUGCUUGUCACCGCGACCAUUAUGCCUUUCCUUGUGGACAUCAAGCCGGGAGUGGGUGCUUCGGUUGUGGCUGAUUUGAAUUUGAUUCGAAACAUUCUGGCCGCUAUUGGCACCGUUCUGUCGCCAAUUGCGGCUUCAAGCAUUGGCUUUGGAUGGUGGAUGACGAUUCUGACCCUGCUGUGCUCUCUGGCGGUCUUUUGCAUUGUGAUUGUUGUCUGGAAGGAAGGAGCUGAAAAAGAGCCGGCCUCGGAUUCCGUGGUGUGA